AUUCGGAAUAUAUCCAUGGAUGUCCACAGACAGCAUUUUCGGUGCCGUGUUUGACUGGGCUCAGGGGAAGCGUGUUUGAGAGGGAGGAGGAGGAGCAGUUGUUCUCUCCGUCAUCUCAUCAUUUCCUCCUCGUUACUCACUUCAUACGGAAACAUGGUGCAUCGGCAGGUGCGGAUCUGAUUCACUAUCCGCUCGUUUUCUUCUUCACAGCUACACCAUGGACAAAGUACAAUCCGUGGACUAAUUUAGUUAUUUAUUUAUUUAUUUUUUUGUAAAUCUUGGAAAUUUCCUGGUUUCGCUUCUCCUUUCCUUUGGCGCUUUAGCUUAGCUUUAUCGGCUGCAUCCCUGUUCCACCGGUCCUCCCAAAAAAAAAAAAAAAAAAAAAAAAAACAGGCCACAGCGAUGCGGACUUUAUUACAGCCUUGAUUUCUUGGGGGAAAAACAAACAAACAACAACAAACAUUUUCGCUGUAGUGAAGGAAAGGAGCUUUGUAUUUGUAUGGACCUAACGGAUAGCUAGUGGCCGCAACUCAGAGCAAAGAAAAAUGCUGAAUUCGAGGCGGCUGUUGCGGCUUUCUAACCGCUCCUUCUUGGCCUUCAUUUUUUUCUUCUCCAUGUCUACGACCUGCCUCUACUUCAUUUAUGUGGCCCCUGGAAUAGCCAACACGUACUUCUUCAUGGUGCAGGCUCAGGGUAUCAUGAUCCGUGAUAACGUGCGGACAAUUGGCCAGAUAAUCAGAUCAUACACCAAUAAGAACAGCACUCUUAAUGGCACAGAUUAUCCAGACGGGAAUAACUCCAGCGAAUAUUUUGCUCAACCGACUACAUACCUCCCUGAAAAUUUCACCUAUGCCCAGAAUUUGCCCUGCCCUGAACGCUUACCUUCUAUGAAGGGUCCUAUAGAUAUAAAUAUGACUGAGGUUCCUAUAGAGGAGAUUGAAUGGCAGCUUAGAAAGAUGGGCAUGCAGUUUGGAGGACACUGGAAGCCCAAGGACUGCAGACCACACUGGAAGGUGGCUGUUUUGAUCCCCUUUAGGAAUCGUCAUGAACAUCUCCCCAUUCUGUUCCAGCACCUCGCUCCUAUGCUUCAACGGCAGCGCUUACAAUUUGCAUUUUAUGUGAUCGAGCAGGCAGGAACUCAGCCUUUUAACCGAGCCAUGCUGUUUAACGUGGGCUUCAAGGAGGCUAUGAAAGAUCUGGAUUGGGACUGUGUGGUUUUUCAUGAUGUCGAUCAUAUCCCUGAAAAUGACCGGAAUUAUUACGGCUGUGGGCAGAUGCCGCGUCACUUUGCUACAAAGCUUGACAAGUACAUGUACCUUCUGCCCUACAAUGAGUUCUUUGGAGGAGUGAGUGGACUUACAGUCGAGCAGUUCCGCAAGAUCAACGGCUUUCCCAAUGCAUUCUGGGGCUGGGGAGGGGAAGACGAUGACCUCUGGAACAGAGUGCACUUUGCUGGCUUUAACGUGACCCGACCUGAAGGAGAUCUUGGCAAAUACAAAUCAAUUCCUCAUCACCACCGAGGAGAAGUGCAGUUUCUGGGAAGGUACAAGCUGCUAAGGUAUUCUAAAGAAAGGCAAUAUUUGGAUGGUCUAAAUAAUCUCCAGUAUUCUCCAGAAAUCUCUUUAAGUAGUCUGUAUAAGAACAUCACUGUUAACCUGAGCCCUGAGCUUGCUCCCAUAGUGGAGUACUGACGUCCGCCUCUCCAUCCACUCCACCUGGCUACGAGUACCUGAAGACGACCAACCCAACAUCACGGAGAAUAGCGCGGCCCGAACAUCGCACACGGCCCCAAAGAAACCUUAAAACCAAUAGACAAAAGGUUAAAGGCCUACAGUGAAUACUACAAUGAUUGUGUGUGUGAAGUGCGUAUGUGAUGUCAUACUUAUGUUUUUGUGAGUGUGAGCGUCCCAAUGCAUGUCUCUACGUUUAUGCAGCUUUAGCUACUCAAAUCAUGCUACGAAAACAAGGAAGAAGGAGAAAUCGGGCCGUGUCAGUGUCAACAAUUCAAAUGUUUACUGCGAAGCCUUAACUGAUUUUCAUAGGCUGUUAUCACUCUGAGUGUCAGUUCUAAUCCAUGCCAACAAUGUAGACCGCUCAGUUUUACAACUCAACAGCAACCUAAAUGCCAAUAGAUAUUUUAUGGCACGUUUUUGUAUCAUAUAGUAGAAUUUUAAGGCAUAUGAGGAUUUAUGUAUGUACUGUAAAUGGUCUUUUAUGGCCUUCCUUAUUUAUUAUCAUUUUUUCGUUUGUUUGUUUUCUCGAGAUGUACUUUGGAGCACUCCAGUGGCGUGUGUAAUGUGAGCGUCACGUUUUUCUGUUCUUUUGCGGGCUGUGAGUGCACGGGGGAUCACGACUGCUCACUCGAUCAUGUAAUGUCAGUGUCAAUUCCAGUGCACAUUCUCUUACUUUGGCAGCUAACUGUCUUUUCAUAACCCCCACCCCCCCUACACACACCUUUCCUUACACAAAUAGAUGCUUCAAUUUUAGGAUCUAAAGACAAAUGGAACCGGGAGGUGUGGUUUAUUAAGCAAAACACCAAUAUUAAUCAGCAUGCCUUACUUUUUUGCCAGAUUUAUUAUUAUUUUUUUUUUCCUUUCUUCUUGUAUAUCGUUUAUUGGUUCUUUUUUGUGCACUGCAACAAUUGAAGUGAAGAGAUUUAUAUCUUUUAUGUAAAUGAUGGGAGAGAAAAUGUUGCUGGUUAUUCACUCGAAGAAUUACUUAGCAGUCGGGUACACAGCUGCUAAAUGCUAAAAUACUGUGUGUGUGUGUGUGUGUGUGUGUGUGUGUGUGUGUGUGUGAGAGAGAGAGAGAAUAAUCCUCCAGCUGUGCAUAUGAAGUACCUUGCACUCGUCUUAAAAUAAGUUGGGCCUGGAUGAGAGAGUGAUGUUACUCUUGAAUGGCAUAAGAAUAGAGUUAUGGGGCAAUGAAAACUUUAUGCUGUUAAAGUUUUGAGCUGUAGGUUGGUUGUGUUUUUCUUUGUACGUGUUGAUUGCCUUUGUAUAUAAAACCUCAUGUUGAAGAUAA